AUGUUCACAGAUUUAUCGGUAUACUUAAUAGUAUCAAUAUUUUGUGUUUUAGCCAUAGCUUUAUUUCUAUUAGGGUUUUUAGGAACAGUAAACAUUAUUGAAUAGUUAUAUAGAACUUUUCAAUAAAAUAAGAGGAAGAUUAUUAAAACUUGAUUUUAGAUUAUGGAAAUUUAUAUGAUGAAUAAGAAAUAGAUGAAUAGAAUUGGAAAUAAGAAUUACCUGCUUAUAUGGCAACAUAUUUAUAAACUAUAGAAAUCAGUUUUAAAGAGUUGUACCUAAAUUAACUAAUUAUAACAAUAAUAACAUCAGCAGGCUUCUUAUUGAUUAUAGCCGUAUAUAUAUAGCACAACUAGUUUAGUCUUGGUUAACACCCUCGGGAACGUUUUGGGGUUUCUUUAUAAGUUUUUUGUGGGGCACUAUAAUAACAUGUAUUAUAGCCUAUAUGAUUAUUGCGGUUAAAAUAGGUACAUUACUAAAAAUUCCUAUUAAAGCUAAUAUUGGGAAGGUGAGAAUCAAUUUUAUAUUUAGGAAGAUGUUUUAAAAUGGAUUUAUGGAAAUGGAUUCUUUUCAGCAUUAUUUAUAGGUGGAAUCAUAACCUUGAAUUCCUUAUUUAUAGUAUUGAUAAUGAAAGCAAUGUCAGUUCAAUCAACAAAACCUGAAAAUUAUGCUAUUAUGGUAAGUGGUUUUCCAUUGGGAAUGUUGAUUUCUGGAAUAUAUUUUAGAGAAGGUAUGUCAGUCACAGGUAGAGGAAUUCAAGCAGCUUGUGAUUUAAUGAUUAAAAAAGAAUAAUAUUUUGGUGAUAUUGGAAAUAAUUUAUCUUAUACAACUAAAAUUGCUGCAGGAAUGUCUUCUUUAAUAGCAGAAGUUAAUUUCUUUGAUUCAAUGUUAGUAUUAUCAUUAUUUGUAUCAAUGCCAUCAAUUGUAUUAGUAAAUUCAGUUGAUUAUCAUUAUUCAGAUAAUUUUAUUGGCAAAAUAUUUGGAAUUCAAUUAGUAUUUAUACUUAGUUGGAUUGGUUAAUUAUUAAUAUCAUUUUUAAGUCAUAUCCUUAAAAAUGAUGAUGCAGUUGCAUUCACUGCUAAUAAUGUAAGAUGUUAGAUUUUGAUGUCAAUAUUUUUAAGUUUAUGUUUUGUUAUCUUUUCUUUACUAUCAAUACCUAAAGAAUUUGAAUUUGGAGAUAAAGAUCAUUCAUAAAUUUAUAGAGAAAAAGUAUUUAAUAGAGAUUUUAUGGGAUGUGGUUUUAUUGGAAUUGUUAUUUCUGCCAUUUUAAUCAUUUAUUAUGAAUAUCUAACAAGUCAUGGUUAUUCAGUAGCACAGAAGGUAGCAUUUAUUUCAUACAAAGCUCCUACUCUUAAUAUUAUAUAAGCAUAUUCUAUUGGAAAUAUUGGUUAAAUUGUACCUGCCCUUUUGAUUGCUUUAUCCUUAUUCAUUUCUUAUAAACUUGCAUCCUUGGUUGGAAUUCUUGGAUUAUUUUUGGGAUACAUAUUAAAUAUUUAUAUUCUAAUGGGAAUAUCAAUGUUAGGUACAUUAUCAGGUGAUGGACUCAAAUUAUCAUUCUUAGCCUAAUUUGCUAAUAAUAUUAAAGAUCGAUUGCAUUCCAUAACUUGGGCUGCUAAAAAUUAUAUUGUUUGGUUAAAAAUUACAAAUGCAGGAGCUCUUAUUAUUGCAGCUAUCUUAAUUAUUGGAACUGCUAUAUUUUUUAGUAAGACUUUUAUUUUGUUACUAAAUGGUUAUAAUCUCUUUGGUUUUUUAAUUGGAUUUGGAUUAGCCUAUUACAAUAAAGGACUUACUAUCUUUAUAGUAAAAACAAUUUGUGAGGAAGCUGUAAAAUUAAAUCAUUAAAUGUUAGCUUUAUGAUGAAAAAUCCUUUUAAUUGAGAAAAAAUAAACCAGAUGAAGAAAUAGCACUUGAAAAUUUUUCAUAUACUUAUUUUCCAUUAAAAAACAGACAAGGAAAUUAUUAUGUACUUGUCAAUCUAUUAUCAGUAUCUAUACUUUACAUAAAUAGUGUACUAUAGCUGUUUUAUUUACUGGAAUCAUUUUUGGUCAUGGAGCAUCUAUUUCAUUGGCUAUUUCUAAUUUAUUCAUAAAUGCAAUCAUGAUGUUCCAAUCAAUACUAACUGGAACAGUUUUGAAAAAUGCUUUCAUCUAUAAUUCAUGUAUUUUUUUGAAUAAAUAAUUUAGAUGAUUAAUAAUAAUAAGAAACUUCAUAAGUUUUGAGUGUGAAUCUAUAUGGUGAUAUUCAGGGAUAAACAAUUGAAGAAAGUUAAAACAUUUAAAAUCCAUAUUACAUGAUAUAUACCAUGUUAAUAACUUUAGUAGGUAUAGAAUUGUUCAAACAUGAUUAUUGA